AUGUUCCAGCAGGCGCUCAGCAGCGACCAGGAGCCCAGCGGCGGCGGCGGCAGCAGCGGCAGCAGCAGCAGGCCUAGCCCUCCGCUCAGGAGUGCGUCCGGGCGCGGGUUCAGGAGGGGGUCAACGUGGAGGGAGUCGAACGCCAACGGACCGCCUCGGCGCAUGGAGGUCUCGAUCCCCCACAAGAGCCUGAAAGUGUUCGCCCAGGCCGUGCAAUGCUUGAUGAAGACGGCUUGUACACUGUAG